AUGAUCAACAUCGCCAAAGUGAGCGACUGGCUCACUAACAACACAAACAAAUAUGUCUGGCCCCAGCUAUUCUUGAUGUCCCCAAAUGGCACACUAUUAGCGUACUCGAAGCCAGUGCAGACUAAGGAGCUGCGCGACCAGGCUGCGCUCAUAUCUAUGACUUGGAAAGACCACUGUCAAGGGCGUCAGAAGCCUUCAGUCCGCAACGGAACUACUCAGGAUCAUUCGCUGAAACCUGCACUGAAGACACUCACUAUCGAAACCCCAGACUGCAACAUCAUAGUACGCCUACUGCAACCAGAACUAUUGCUCGUCCUUAUCGGCCGGAUCGCUCCCAGUAGGAAGCAAGCCUUCAAGAUUUCGGCUGAAGGUCAAGGAGACCCACGAUACCCAGAGUCUGACGUUCCUAACUCACGCCCUGGCUCAAGUUCUCAGCUACUGCCUGGUGAUGCUGCUACUGGUAAUUUUGGUGCUGAAGACCGUUUGACGGCUAAAAACAAGGCGCCUUCUCUGCUUAGCAACAUGAGUCAACGCGAUAAAGACAUCAAGGGUGGUGCACUCCAUGUUCAGCGUAAACAGCUGGACGCCCUAGCCGAAUACGCCUUGAAGGAUUUCGCAGCCACCGGGUUUGUGAUGCCUGCGGACGCAGAUCUACAGUAG